AGUAAACAGUCUGGUGGACAGCAUGGCAUCGUGGUCAGCAGAACUUCUCCCUCCUCCUCGCUGUUGUGGUACAGUCCAAACCCCCCAGCCCCAACAUUCCCCGGUUCCCCAGCUCUGUGACAUCACAGACAGCCUUCUGUCCACUCUGCCAGCUGCAGGAAACAGCCCAGCCCAUUGAAUUGGACUUAAACUCAAGAUUGGCUGAUUCAACAAGGCACCCCUGCAGACAAAGCUGGCAGAGUAGAAGUUUCAACUCCUUUCCAUGGCAGCCCACCAAAACCUGAUCUCGAAGAUCUUCUGUUUAUGCUGCAGGGACUGUCAGGAGCCCUAUGUCAUCGAUGACUCCAAGGUUCCCAGUCAAACCCAAGAGCACAAGCCAUCAACCCAAAAUUUGCAGCUUCAGAAGGAUGAGCUUGACAGACAAAAUCCCAAGCGCAUUAACGGAGUCUCCCAUUUGCCUUCGAGAACGCCCCUGAUCCAGCCAAAAAAGAGCACUUCCUCCAGCAGCAGUGAGUUUGAGGAUCUGAAUGCAUAUGCUUCCCAAAGAAAUUUUUACAAGAGAAACUUAAACCGCUACUGCCAGGAGCGCUGGCCAUUCCAGCCAUGCCUCAUUGGGAGGCCCUGAGCAUUCUAGCCGGCGGCUGCACAGCUGCUGGGGUGUCUCCAUGAGGAAGAGGGGUGGUGGACAGGAGUCAUGAAGACUAAUUCGGAAACUCCCCUGAAGGAGGAGAAGACGUCUGAGCCAUCCUUGUGCCACCAAGCAAGAGUCACUCCAGCUCCUAAAAAAGCCACCAUGGGAAGAGCUGCCUCCAAUUAAAGUUCGUGAUUGUACCAGA